CAAGGAGGACUGUCAAAAUAUCUUCUUUUCAGUUAGAGAGCUACAUAACUGGAUUUAGAGUCAGUUUGGAAGUUAUUUUUUCAGUUGGAGUUUUCAUUUGGGUUUGUUAUGGCCGUUUUUUGCUUAACUAUUUGCUCCAAUUUUACCCAAAAACGCUCUACUUCAUUGUGCGACUGCUUUAUUUCUUUUUCCCGUCGAUAAUCGGAAUAGUCGGGGUUCUGGAUUUCCGUUAAAUACUGCAACUUUUCUGCGUCAUCCCGAAUCCAGAGACAGCAGUCAGUAGUCAGCAGCAUCUCAACUUUCCUUCAAUCCCACGGAAAUCUUUUCCAUUUCCCGAAACCCGGAUGCCACUCCAAGUUCAGAUCAAGCUUCAUCUGUUCAAAUCCACCGUAACCCCUGCCGCCCCAUCUCUCUCUCCAAUGGCUACUCAUUUCAACCCAACUUACACUCGCUCCAAGCCACGCGCCGCCGACCUGCCGCUGCAUCACCGCAAGAUUCCGCACUUGUUUUUCUUUUUCACGCCUUGCGGGUCCAAGCAGCUUCUGAGGAAUUGUAACAGUACUAUAAGCAUUUCAAGAAUCAAGGCUACCGGUUGGGAAGGAGACUCGUACUUGGACAUGUGGAGAAAGGCGGUGGAGAGCGAGAGGAAGUCCGCUGAGUUCGAAAAAAUGGUGGAAAACUCUGCUCGAGAUAAUGAGGGGAAAGAAGAGAGUGAUGAAGAAUUUGAGAGGAGAAACAGUGAGUUCCAGAAACUUCUGGAGGUUUCUCCGGAGGAAAGAGACAGGGUGCAGAGAAUGCAGGUGAUUGAUCGAGCCGCCGCAGCUAUAGCGGCAGCGAGAGCGUUGCUUCACGAGGAGGCUUCCAGUGAGGUGAGAGUUGAGAAGAUGGAGGAUCCAGAGGGAGGGAUGCGGAGUCACAGCUUAUUCCUGCCUCAAUCAGGUAACUCUGGUACUGGAACACCAGGUCCAAGUUUCUGGGCCUGGACACCUCCCCCGAGCGAUGAUGAUGAUAUUUUUGCUGAGAUUGAAAUAAAGCCAGCUUCUCCCCCACCAACACGGAGCAUCCCUGUACUCGAACUGGAACGAGGUCAAGAUUCUUUGACGAUCCCAUUUGAGUCAUCAAUGCUUCAAAAUUCACUUCCCCCUUUCCAGUCAGUUGUGGAAGUUGAGAAGGAGGAACACGAAAUCGACCUUCAAUUUUCAGAACAUGCAGCUGAAGCAGCAGAUGCGCUGAGUAAAGGGGAUGAAGCAUCAUCUCAAGGUGUAAAUCCUGAUGGAUCAAGGUGGUGGAAGGAGAUAGGGGUAGAACGAAGACCUGAUGGGGUCCUCUGUAAAUGGAUAGUGACGAGGGGUGUUAGUGCUGAUAAAACUAUUGAGUGGGAAAACAAAUAUUGGGAAGCUGCGGAUGAAUUUGGUUAUAAGGAGCUUGGUUCUGAGAAAUCUGGACGAGAUGCUGUAGGAAAUGUUUGGCGUGAAUUCUGGAGAGAAUCGAUGAUGCAGAAUGAGGGACUUGUGCAUUUCGAGAAAACAGCAGAUAAGUGGGGAAAGAACAUUCAAGGGGAUGAGUGGCACGAGAAAUGGUGGGAGCAUUAUGAUGCUUCUGGACAAGCUGAGAAGUGGGCUCACAAGUGGUGCAGCAUCGAUCCAAACUCUCCUGUGGAGGACGGCCAUGCUCAUGUUUGGCACGAGAGAUGGGGUGAGAAGUACGAUGGGCAAGGGGGCAGCACAAAAUACACCGACAAAUGGGCCGAGCGCUUUGAAGGAGAUGGCUGGGCAAAAUGGGGAGAUAAAUGGGACGAGCAUUUUGAUCCCAACGGCCAUGGGGUAAAGCAAGGGGAGACCUGGUGGGAAGGUAAACAUGGGGAUCGUUGGAACCGAACAUGGGGUGAGGGCCAUAACGGCACCGGAUGGGUGCACAAGUACGGUAAAAGCAGCAGCGGUGAGCAUUGGGACACGCAUGUUCAGGAAGAAACUUGGUAUGAAAGAUUCCCGCAUUUUGGUUUCCGUCAUUGCUUUGAGAACUCAGUUCAGCUACGGGAGGUCAAGAAACCAUCGGAAUGGUCGUAAAAAAGAGUAUGCUGCUUACAAUCUUCUGCAUUGCUGAGGCCGUAGAUGAAGCUAUACCAGCUUAGAUUGUAUAGAUAUACAGUGUUGCACGUUACUUUUUCAGCUGUAAUACAUUGAGAGCGUUUGAAUCUCUGGUAUUGAGAAAUAAAAAUCUAUCUCGGUGUUCAAUGUUCA